UCGCCUAUUGUUGCAAACCGGAUUACUCGGAUCUUCAGAGUCUCGAUAAUCAACCACACGUCUCUCAAUACCAUGGUCACAUUACCAACACCCGAUCAAAACCCCCCCGAUUCGAAAUCGAUGCCAUCGUCAAAACAUCAAUUGGACCCGGAAAAUGUUCAUGAUAGUCAACAGUCUUCGGAAGACAGCAAUUCGGUGAUAAAAGGCCUAGGAUGGCUUGAUCGCUUCCUCGCGGUUUGGAUUCUCCUCGCCAUGAUUAUCGGUAUCCUCCUCGGCAACUUCGUCCCCUCGACCGGUCCAGCUCUGCAAAAGGGGAAAUUCGUAGGCGUGUCUGUGCCGAUUGCGUUGGGUCUACUCGUCAUGAUGUAUCCUAUCCUUUGCAAAGUGCGCUACGAGAGUCUGCAUGUUUUGUUCCGCGAGAAGAAACUUUGGGUGCAGAUUGGAUUCAGUGUAAUUGUGAAUUGGAUUAUUGCGCCGCUUCUUAUGCUCGGUCUUGCGUGGGCAUUUCUACCCGACAAGAGCGAAUUGCGGAUUGGAUUGAUCUUAGUCGGGCUGGCUCGUUGCAUUGCCAUGGUCUUGAUCUGGACCAAUCUCGCCGGGGGCGAUGAGGAGUAUUGCGCCAUCCUCGUAGCCGUUAACUCUAUUCUACAAAUAGUUCUUUACGCGCCGCUCGCCGUGCUUUUUAUAAAAGUCAUUAGCCGUGAGACGGGUGCCGUUGCCGUCUCCUACUCCACUGUCGCCAUAAGCGUCGCCGUCUUCCUCGGCAUCCCGCUCGGUGCGGCCAUCGUAACGCGUCUCACGCUCCGUAAACUAGUCAACGCAGAGUGGUACGAUAAAGUAUUCCUUAAAUGGAUUGCGCCGUGGUCGCUAAUCGGACUGUUGUACACUAUUCUUGUACUUUUCGCGUCGCAAGGGCGUCAAGUUGUGCACCAGAUUGUCUCCGUGGUGCGUGUCGCAGCUCCACUUAUUGUAUAUUUUUUGGUCAUUUUCUUUGCGACACUGGUAGUGUGUAGGAAACUGGGGUACGGGUAUGGACUUGGGGCGACGCAGAGUUUCACGGCAGCGAGUAACAACUUCGAACUAGCUAUUGCCGUUGCUGUUGCUACAUAUGGUGCUGAUAGCGAUCAGGCUCUUGCAGCAACAGUUGGGCCUUUGAUCGAGGUCCCUGUGCUGGUGGGGUUGGUCUAUCUCGUUAAAUGGAUGGGCAAAAGAUGGGCAUGGAAGGAAGUGUAA